AUGCCGGCGAUCCGCCCCGCAGCGUACCUCCCCGUCAUGGCUCUUGCCUUGCUGCUCUUCCUCGCGUCCUCGACCUUUGCAUCCUCUGGCGACCGCCAUGGAGCCUUUACGAACUGUCACACAGCCUGUCUUCCAAACUGUACCCAUGGGGCUCUUCCACUGUACCUCCGCCUGCUGGGCUGGUCGUGCUCGGGCGAGUGCAGCUACGUGUGCGCCCACCACCUCACCGACCUUUCGGACAGCGGCUACGAGCACUACCACCAGUUCUUUGGCAAAUGGGCCUUUUACAGGUUUAUGGGUGCGCAGGAGCCUGCCAGCGUCAUCUUUUCCAUUGGAAACGCGUGGAUCCACUGGACUGGCUUCAAGGACGUUUGCAGCGGUUUGAGGAAGGAGAAUGGACUCCAGUGGUGGCUCAAGCUUGCGGCCCUCGCCCAGAUCAACACCUGGGUCUGGAGCACCGUGUUCCACACGAGAGACCUUUGGUGGACAGAGCGCCUCGACUACUUCUCUGCGACGGUCACCAUUGCCAUCACGAUGCUGUACGCCGUCGUCCGCAUCUUCCGCCUCCAGACUCCCCGCGCUACCUCGCCGCUCCUGUAUCCCGUCUGCGGGGUGCUCGCCCUCAUCGUUGUGGGCCACUUCAUCUAUGUCUCGUCCCUCGACCAUUUCCCGUACGGCUACCACGUCGCGUUUGCCGCCUCCCUCGGGAUGCUGGGCAACCUCCUGUGGAUCUCGUGGAGCGUCUCGUUCGUCGCCCGCCCCUCGUGGUUCCCCGUACCGUACCCUACGAGCCCAUACUCCUCCUCGCGCCCGCUGAGCGGUGGACGCAGCGGCAACAGUAGCAGCAACAGCAGCGCCGCUGGCAGCGCGCCGAAGACUUGCUGGACGCCCACCGUCCUCGUGGUCCUCACUCUGCUCGCUAUGAGUUUUGAGAUUCUCGAUUUCCCGCCCUUCCACCGUGUACUCGACGCGCACGCGCUCUGGCACGCGGCGACCAUCCCCCUCGGCGCUGCGUGGUGGGCGUUCCUCAUCAAGGACGCCAACGCGAUGGACGAGGCGUACGCCGACAAGGGUCGCGAGUAG